ACUGUGUCUCUCCUCUUAUCCGCAGUGACCAAGCUGGUGGGCAGCGACCCGGUGGAGUUCGAGCAGCCGGAGUACGAGGUGACGGUGCCUGAGAACACCCGCCAAGACCACCUGCUGCGGCUGUCCGCCAGGGUGCGGCUGGAAGGCGAGACGGUGAGGUACACGAUCAGUCAAGGUAACGAGGACGGCCUCUUCCACCUGGACGCGUCCACGGGAACCCUCUCCCUCCUGCGGCCCCUCGACUACGAGCUCCAGCAACAGUACGAGCUGGUGGUGGAGGCGGCGGCGGGGGAGGCGAGGGGCGAGGCGCGGGUGGUGGUGAAGGUGGACGACCAGAACGACCACGCGCCGGUGUUCCUCAGGGCCCUGCACGAGACCCAGAUCACCGAGGAGGACAACAGACACCUGCCCAAGGUUAUCCUGAAGCAGGUGACGGCCGUGGACGGGGACGCGGGUCGGUUCGGGGACCUUUCCUACACCCUCUCCGGGGACGGCAUCUUCAGCAACGGGUCGCGGCCUUGCUUCUCCGUGGACGCCGCCUCGGGCACGCUCCUGCUUCUGAGGCCCCUGGACCGCGACCCUCCCCACGGCCGACCUCAGUGGCGCCUGCGGGUGACGGCCACGGACGGCCAGCUUGAGGCGCACACCGACGUCCGUGUAAACCUCAAGGACGCGAACGACAACGCGCCCUUCUUCCCCUCCCGCACCACCACCGCCACCGUCUCCGAGGACACACCGCUAGGGUCGUCGGUGACGCGCGUCGAGGCCACGGACUACGACGACCCUCAGGAGGGAGACAACGCCAAGGUCACGUUCUCGCUGGAGAAGAACGCCAUCGACGAGGCGAGCGGCCGCCCGAUCUUCGCCAUUGACGGCGAGCUCGGCGUCAUCAGCACGGCGCUCUGCUGCCUCGACCGGGAGAAGACGCAACGCUACGUCAUCCAGGUGGUGGCGACGGACGGCGGCGGCCUCAAGGGCACGGGCACGGUGGUGGUGGACGUGGACGACGUGAAUGAUGUGUCUCCGAGGUUCUUGCGGCCCGAGUGGACGUUGGACGUGCCUGAGAGCCUCGCCCCAGACCACAUGCUGGCUACCCUCACCGUCGUGGACCCUGAUACUUCCAACGACUUCGCCUACAGGGUGGUGCCGGGCAGCGGGCGGGGCUGGCAGAUGUUCCGGGUGGAGGGCGUGGCGGGGGCGCUACCCGGCGGGAACCUGAGGUCGGUGGAGCCGCUGGACUAUGAGGAUCCCGAGCACCGGCAGGGCUUUACCUUGAGGGUGCAGGUGACGGACAUGGGUGAGGACGGCUGGGAGAAGAAGGAACACAUGGCAGAGACGCUAGUGAGGCUGAAUUUGGUGGACGACAAUGACAACGACCCGGUGUUUAGCGAGGACUUCACGAGCCUCUCCCUGCCCGAGGACACCCCGCGGGGCGCUCUUCUCGCUACCUUCACCGCCCUGGACCCCGACAACGGUGGAGAAAGUCGCGUGCAGUACCGGGUGGCUCCGUCCAGCGAUCCUCGCCGCCAGUUUGCCGUGGACGAGAGUGGGGCGGUGCGUCUGGUGGGGGGUCUGGACCGGGAGGCCGCGGACACCCACAGUGUGCUGGUGUGGGCGGUGGACGAUGGCACGCCUCCCAGGACCGCCACCGCCACCCUUGCUAUCAACGUGACGGACGUGAACGACAACCCGCCGUUCCUGGCAGAGCCCCGCGAGGUGCAGGUGACAGAGAACAGCGAGGCGCAGCAGGUGGCGCAGGUCAAGCUGACUGACCCCGAUGACUGGCGGCAGGGCCACGGGCCGCCCUUCACCAUCGCCCUGGACCCCCGCGCGCCACCCCACGUCACCGACAGCGUCAGGGUCACGCUGGACACGAGAGGGGAUGAUGGGCGUGGCGUGGGCGUGGUGUGGACUCGGGCAGCGCUGGACCGAGAGGAGCGUCCCGCCCUGCUGGUGCCGCUGGUGGUGGGCGACGCCGGCUGGCCGCCCCUCACCGCCACCGUCACCCUCACCCUCCACGUGGCCGACCUCAACGACAACCCCAUGGCGCCCGCCAACAAGACCGUCACCGUACACACGCUGCAGCGUCAGGGUGCGGCGGUGCCCCUGGGGCGGGUGUACGUGCAGGACCCAGAUGACUGGGACGUCGCAGCCAAGACCUACGCCUGGCGGGACCCUCAGGCGGGCUUCUUCCUCGACACCUCCAGCGGCCACCUGGCCAUGGCGCCCUCCACACCUGACGGCCGCAGGUACCAGCUGUCGUUCGUGGUGAGUGAUAGCAGCCAAGGCCAGGACGACGUUGAGGCCAAUGUAACCGUCCAGGUGAAGUCACUCCGGCGCAGCGAAGUCACCCAUACAACGCCCCUCACGCUGGCGGCUGACAGUGACGCGGUGGUGAAGUCCGGGGUUGAGGGUGGGGCAUCGAUGCUGAGUCGCCUGGUGAGCGCCACACGAGCGUGGGCGGGCGGGGGCGGGGCAACGGUACGGGUGUUGUCGGUGCAGCCACUGGAGGGAAGGAUCCCUGCCACGCGUGUCUGGCUGGCCGCCGCGGGGAUCGCCAACUUUGAAUACCUUUUGCUGUACCGUAAAAACGAGCUGAGCGCAGCGCUAGGCGUCAGUGUGAGGGACGUGGGCGUGGUCACGUGCCGUGAAGGCGCCACCCCCGCGCCGGAUGCCGUGGCGGAGGAGAGGUGUGUAGGUGGUUGCUGGGUGGGCCUCGCCGAAGACUUCACUGUGGUGGAUGCUAACUCUUCGGCGGUGGUAGGGCCGCGGGUGGUGGUGAGGGGCUCCUGUGGCUGCCCAUCCUCCGCCACUGCCACCACUACCACAAUGCCCGCCAGGGCACACCCCUGCACCCCUGACACCUGCUUCAAUGGUGGUAGGUGCCUCAGCACCUCUUCGGGUACUCGGUGCAUCUGUCCUCACGGCACAUGGGGCUCUCGCUGUAAAGUGCUCGCAAGACACUUCGAGGGAGGCGGGGGUAAGCAGGAGGGCGGCGCCGGGCCCGCCGCAGAGGGAGCGUGGGCGUGGGUGCCGCCCAUCCCGCCAUGCGCCGAGAUGCACAUGAGCCUGGAGGUGCUGAGCACAGCGGGGGAAGCCGCACUGCUCUACACCGGGCCAGAGCAGCACAGCACUGAACAGAGGCUGGGCAGGGGCCGCCGCGACCUUCUCCUGCUGCUGCUGGAGCUGCGUCAGGGGCGGCCAGUGCUGCAGCUGGACCAGGGCGGCGGGCCCGUCACCCUCGCCCUCAACUCCUCCUUGGCCGACAACACGUGGCACAGGAUAGACCUCCACUGGAAGGACGAGCUGGUGGAGAUGGUCGUGGACCUGUGUCUGGGGGGCCACUGGGAUGAGCCGCCGCCCACGCCUUCUCCGGCUGCCCACAACACCUCGUUCACUCCCGUCAUGCCUGAAACACACGCCUGCAGGGCCGCCACGAAACUGCCAAAGGGCGCCCGUGUGCUCAAGACCGGCGGAGUGCUGCAGGUGGGCGGGCUUGUGCACCCUCUGCCCAUCCUCAUGCUGGACGAGGCCACGGCACAGCCACGCCCGCCACAUUUUCGAGGCUGCAUCAGGAACCUCAGAGUAAACGGCGAGCUGGUGGACCUGGGCACUGGCGUCCUCAGCAGGGCCAGCUCGCCGGGGUGUCCUGCCGCAGACUGCCUCACCCAACAGCUCCACUGCGGUGUCCACGGCAGGUGUCUGGGGUCGCCGGGGUCGCUGCGGUGUGAGUGCCAGCCGGGGUGGGGCGGACCAGGUUGUGCCUCGCCCACAAUGCCCGCCACCUUCCUCCCCAACAGCUACGUCAAGCUGGCCCUCUCCUUCUCGCCGCUGGCCUACACCACCUCCAUCAGCCUCAGGUUCCGCACAUUGAGGAGGACAGGCGAGCUGGUGGUGCUGUCAUCCCAGCACGGGCGGGACAGCUGGUCUGUGCAGCUGACGGACGGCCGCCUGUGCGCUGUGCUUCACCUCCACCCUCGCUCUCCGGCCUCGCUCUGCCUGUCACGGGCCGCCCUCACCGAUGGCCGCUGGCACGCCCUCGCCGCCACCAGGUACGGCUCGGCGACCAUCCUGACAGCAGACGACGGGGACGGCGACCUGUACAACGCCUCGCUGCUGCUGCUGGAGGGGCGGCAGCUGCUGGAGGUGGACAAGCAGGAGGGCGUCCGGGUGGGCGGGGCUCCACACUUCCAGGAUGCCGGAGUCCUCAAGAUCCACAGCGAUUACUUUGACGGCUGCAUCGACGACCUGCGCAUCGCGGGCCGCAGCGCGCCGCUGCCGCCGGCGGUCAACAGCACGCCCUGGGGCCAGGCCAGCACCUUCAGGGGCGUGGAGCGAGGCUGCGGCGCCCCGUCUUCCUGCGCCAACGUGUCCUGCACACCGCCGCUCUCCUGCGUCGACACCUGGAGGUCCUACCACUGCGGGUGUGGCGAAGGCCGCGUGCUGGGCCGGACCCGAGCGGCGUGCGAGGAUGAGGACGAGUGUGCGUGGCGGCCAUGCCUCAGCGGCGGCUCCUGCUUCAACACCCAGCCAGGGUACGUGUGCUCGUGCCCGGCGGGGUUCAGCGGCCAGCAUUGCCAGCUGCCUGACGUGGGCCACACCUCCCUCAAACUUCCCGUCGGGGUUCUCAUCACCAUCGUCGUGUGGUGCAUUUUCCUCGUGUUGUUGGUGUGCGCCUUCCUGCUCCAUCAACACCACCGCCGCGCUGCAUUGCGCAGGGGUAUGACUGACUCCAAGGACAAUGUCGUGGACUGCAAAGGCCAAGUGUCCCCACCGUGCAGCCACACACCCAACCUGCUUGAGCUGCAGCUGCUGAAGCCGCCCAGAGCCAAUGGCCAGCCCGCUUGGGCAAGAAACCCUAACAUCGCCGACGUGGACGUGCUGCAGGUGGACGCAGUGACGCCGGCGAGCAGCGCCGAGGAGCUGGAUGAGGAGGGUGGCCGAGGCUCGCCGCCCUACUCACGACGAGGGAGCUAUCAGGCGGCAGCGAGCAGGAGGGCGAGCAAGGGCGGGCCGGGCAGUACCCCUCCUGCGGGAGACGACCUAAGAAACUACGCCUACGAAGGUCUAGAAAACUGCAGCGGAAGUGCCAAGUUUUUGGGAGGCUUCCGUGAAGUGGCGCACAUGGUGGAGUCCUGACACGUGGGCUCCGGGGACGUGGCCACGGACAGGACAAGUCGUGCCUCGCUUAGCCCGCCGCCCAUCGCCACCAUCAUCCACUGCUCGCACGUCUCCCUCUCCUCAGACCCACACUCGAUAUCUCCGUCUCUGUGUCACUCAAAGGCAGAAGUGGAGUAAUGUUUUGGGGUCUUACUCUGCCGUUUCUUUCUCAAGUUUCUGUGUCACUGGAAAGCAAAAAUGAACUAGUGUUUGAGGGUCUUUAUCACCUUUGACCCGUACUCAAUGCCUUUGUCUCUGUGUUAUUCGAAAGUUGAGAUAGAGGAGUGUUUGGGUUUUUUACUGUCUCAUUCUCAUGUGUCUCUGUCUAAGUGGAAAUAAAACAGGGAUCAGUG